AUGGAUUCACCAAAUCAAUCCCCUCAUUCUCAUGUUACUAAUGAGUCCAGCAAUCCCGUACAAAUCACCGUUCAUUUACCUUCCUCAGACCCUAAUUUCAAUUCCAGUUCCAACACAAACCACCCUGAUUUGAACCCCAAUUUAGUCCAAAAUGACUUCCUUUCACAACCAAUACCCAGAAAAAGAAGGCGCGGAAGCCCCCCUACUCCGACGACGUCUACAUUCCAGGUACACAAGUUGACCUCUUCGUCAAAUACUAGUAGCUUUGGGAACGCGUUACAUUUAAGUUCAGCCCAAAUUAAAAAAACCGAGGUGGAAAAUUUGCAUAAUUCAAUUCAAAUGAACCCUAGCCCGAGUUCAAUUUCUAGAAACUUGUUCAAGAAAACUGUAAAUGUCGUGUCAGAUGAGAUAAUUGUGAUUAAUGAUAAAGCCAAAGAGGAGGCCUUAAUAGCCUUGACCGCAGGGUUCCCAGGCGAUUCACUUAUUGGCGCAGAAGUAGAUGCUGAGGUGGUUAAAGAUGUGGGCGGAAUAGAGCAGGUUAAUUAUAUAUUGGUUAGGAAUCAUAUAAUUUCUAGGUGGCGUGAUAACACGUCGGAAUGGCUGACUAAGGAUAUGUUUGCGGAUUGUAUUCCGAAACAUUGUCGGGGACUGUUGGACCCUGCAUAUGAUUUCUUGGUUUUGCAUGGGUAUAUUAAUUUUGGGGUGGCACCUGCAAUAAAGGAGAGAAUUCCAUUGAAACCAAGUAAGCCAAGUGUGAUUGUGAUAGGGGCAGGGCUUGCCGGAUUGGCUGCUGCAAGGCAGUUGAUGACUUUUGGGUUUAAUGUGAUUGUUUUGGAAGGGAGGAAGCGUGCAGGUGGCAGGGUUUACUCGAAGAAGUUGGAGGGUAAGAAUAUGAUGGCUGCUGCGGAUUUGGGCGGGAGUGUUUUAACAAGUACAUUGGGAAAUCCACUUGGGAUUUUGGCACAGCAGUUGUCAUGUACACUUCAUAAAGUGAGGGCUAAGUGUCCGCUUUACAGAGUGGAUGGAAAACCUGUGGACAAAAUUUUGGAUGACAAAAUGGAGAAAACUCAUAAUCAACUUUUGGAAAAGGUAAGCAUGCUGAGGAAGUUGAUGGGAGAUGUUUCACAGGAUGUUUCUCUUGGGGCUGCAUUGGAGACAUUUUGGCAGGUCAUUGGAGAUGCAGCUAGUGAAGAGGAGAUGAAAUUGUUCCAUUGGCAUCUUGCCAACUUGGAAUAUGCAAAUGCAGGUUUGAUUUCGAAAAUAUCACUUGCAUUUUGGGAUCAAGACGAUCAAUAUGAUAUGGGAGGAGAUCACUGCUUUGUCACUGGAGGAAAUGGAAGAUUGGUUGAAGCGUUGGUGGAGAAUGUUCCAAUUCUUUACGAGAAAACUGUGCAAGCUAUUAAUUAUGGCAGCGAUGGAGUGCAGGUUUUUUCCGGGAAUCAGGUUUAUGAGGGUGAUAUGGCUCUUUGCACCGUUCCACUUGGGGUUUUGAAAAGUGGUUCCAUCAAGUUUGUCCCCGAGUUGCCCCAGAGGAAGCUGGAUGCAAUAAAGAGGUUGGGAUUUGGCCUGUUAAACAAGGUUGCGAUGCUGUUUCCGGAAGUCUUUUGGGACACUGAUCUUGAUACAUUUGGGCAUCUCACUGAUGAUCCUAGCUGUCGUGGGGAGUUCUUUCUUUUCUACAGCUAUGCAACUGUAGCUGAUGGUCCUGUCUUGAUUGCUUUAGUAGCAGGAGAAGCUGCUCAUAAGUUUGAGACCAUGCCCCCUCCAGAUGCCGUGGAGAAGGUGCUUCAGAUUCUUAAAGACGUCUAUGAACCACAAGGAAUUAAAGUUCCAGACCCUAUCCAAACUGUCUGUACAAGAUGGGGCAUUGAUCCCUUUUGCUUGGGCUCUUACUCUAAUGUUGCAGUUGGGGCAUCAGGAGAUGACUAUGAUAUUAUUGCAGAAAGUGUGGGAGAAGGGAGGCUUUUCUUUGCUGGCGAAGCCACAAGUAAGCUCUAUCCUGCAACUAUGCAUGGUGCUUUCCUUAGUGGGUUCAGAGAAGCUGCCAACAUGGCUAAUUGUGCUAAAGCUAGAGCCGAAAAUGCAAAAGUGAAGGAAAACCCAUCAAAGAAUGCAUAUGUUUGUGCUUCUAUUCUUGCAGAUUUAUUCAGGGAGCCUGAUCUGGAAUUUGGUAGCUAUUCUAUAAUUUUUGGUAGAAAAGAUUUUGAUUCAAUGGCAAUUUUAAGGGCGUCAUUUAGUGUAUCAAGAAAAAAGACUGAUCAACAGCAUUCUAAUGAAUUACUUUUUGAGCAUCUUCAGCGGCAUUUUAAUCAGCAGCAGGAGUUUCAUCUUUAUACCCUGUUAUCUAAACAGCAAGCUCUGGAUCUGAGAGAGGUGAGAGGGGGUGAUGUGAUGAGGCUGAAUUACCUCUGCAAGAAGCUUCGAGUGAAACUCAUCGGGAGAAAAAGUUUGGGGCCAGCUGCAGAUUCUGUUAUUGCUUCAAUAAAGGCUGAGAGGAGCCAAGGCAGACCAUCAAGUUCUCUGAAACCUGGUACAUCAAAAUCAAAAGCAGCUUCUACGAAACAGAAGCUGAUUCGAAAGGCUAAAAUUAUGGGUAACAAGAAUAGAUCUUCCCUUCCAAAUGCAAAAGUUGGCAUUAAAGUCGUUGGUCACAUUAGUUCUACUCGAUUAAAUCUUGGUGUGGAACCUAUAGAAGAAGUGGGCAACAUGGAUGAUAUCAGCGGUCCAAUCCCUCAGAAUUUGGACCAUCAUUAUGGCUUGAGGCCUCCUUCAAGUACAAAUUUUGGAGCAAGGGCAUUUAGCAGCAAUGUCAGUUGUGGUUUGACUCCAAGUUCAAAUAUUGGCACAAGAGCAUUAAGUAGCCUUCAGAGUAUUGACCAUAGUAGAGGUUCAACUCCAAGUCCAAAUAUUGGCACAAGAGCACUAUGCAGCCUUCAGAAUCCUGACCAUAGUAGUGGUUCUCCUCCAAGUAAAAGUAUUGGCACAAGAUCAUCAAGUAGCCUCUGCAUCUUUGCUAUAGCAGUGCUUCAACUCCAAGUUCAAUUAUUGGCACAAGAGUAUUCAGUAGAGCUCAGAAUCUUGUCCACAACAGUUGGUUCGAUUCCAUGUUCAAACAUUGGCACAAAUAUAAAUAUAGAGGAAAUUUUAGAAAGCCAUAAUGGCAUCUCUACUGAAGAGAUAGCUGAUAUUGUCAUAUCUUGGCUUGUUUAUUUCUGGGAUUUGAAUUACUAA